UGGAAAAAGAUAAAUCCUUAGUUUUGAAACAGUGCUCUUCUCUGAGCUGCUGAAAAAUAUGCAGCAUCUUCUUCCAGUCCGCCUCAUAAAGUCUCUGUCUGCUACUUCUUUACCAGGCACCACCUCCACCCUUCACGAACUUGCUUCUACUCACCCCAAAGGUGUUGCGAGGGUUGUACUGAAGAAGGGGAAGACCCAAUUAUUCAAGGAUGGCAGCCCAAUGGUCUACAGUGGAGCAGUUGAUAGAAUAAUUGGUAGACCACCUCCCAGGACUGGAGACAUUGUGUUGGUAGCUGAUGGGGCAGAAAAACCAAUAGGAUGGGGCAUGUACAAUUCAGUCUCCAUGUUCAGUGUUCGGCUGAUGCAACUCGAAGAGGAAGCAACAAGGGAUUUGUCAUGUGCAUUGAACAUGGAGAAACUGCUUGAGACAAGAAUUAAUGAAGCUAUAGAACUACGUAAGAGUUUGGGACUUCCAUCAGUUAGUACAAAUGCAUUCCGUCUUGUCAAUAGUGAAGCAGACAGAUUGUCAGGAUUAAUAGUUGAUAUAUUUGGAGAUGUAGCGGUAGUGGCAUCAUCUGCUGCUUGGGUUGAGAAGUACAAAGCAGAAGUAGAGGCCUGUAUUAAUAGAAUUGGCGAAGUUAAUUUUGUAAACUGGAGACCAUCUUUGGAAGUUUUAAAAGAAGAAGGAUUGGAUGUGUCAAAUUACAAGGAAAGGGAUCCAUCUUUCUGUCCUCAAAGAACAAAGGUUAUGGAAAACGGGAUCUUUUAUUCCAUUUCACUUGAGGGACAGAAGACAGGGUUUUAUGCAGAUCAGCGUGAAAACCGUCAAUUCAUAUCAACAAUUUCAGACGGCCAGAAAGUUCUUGAUAUGUUCUGCUACAGUGGUGGUUUUGCUCUAAAUGCUGCACGAGGGGGUGCUGCAAAUGUCAUCGGUGUCGAUUCAUCAUUGCCUGCGAUUGAGCUAGCCAAAGAAAAUGUUGUUCUUAACAACAUGGAUCCACAGAGAAUAACAUUUUUGAAAGAAGAUGCAAGUGAGUUUAUGAAGGGUGCUCUUUCUAGGAACGAAUCAUGGGAUAUUGUCAUUUUAGAUCCUCCUAAACUAGCACCCCGAAAGAAGGUUUUACAAAAUGCAUCAGGCAUGUAUAGAAAUUUAAAUUCAUUGGCAAUGCAACUGACAAAGAGAGGUGGUCUUCUCAUGACUUGUUCAUGUUCGGGGGCUAUGACGCAAAGUGGGAUGUUCUUGCGUAUUCUUCAGGGUGCGGCAUCAGCGGCAGGGAGAAAAAUAACCGUUCUACGGGACGCCGGAGCGGCAUGCGAUCAUCCCAUUGACCCAUCCUACCCAGAAGGCAAAUACCUUUCAAACGUCCUUCUGAGGGUCCUUUGAAGAUGCCAAUCACUUGCAUUAGAACACAAGCAAAAACCCAAUCAUAUUUUUGAACAGCGCAUACACAAAGCGAUCGAUCAAUGGACAUAACUUUAGAUGUAUUCAAUACUACUUCUGGAAUUAUACAUGGACACGUUCAUUCA